AUGGAUAUCUUAGUUGCACAUCUAGGGGCAGGCAAUCACAAUCCUGCAUCUUCAUCAAAGUAUAAAACACUCCUUAAAAGGUCACUUAACCACAAUGAUAUAAUUGAAGCUGCACGAGUAGUAGAACAAUCAGAGUUGACCAACACGGGCUAUGGGUCUUCACUAAACCUACUAGGUUGUGUUGAAUGUGAUGCCAGUUUCAUUGAAGCGACAGAGAAAGUCCGAAUAGGGAGCUUGGUUGGUGUUGAUUGUUCAUAUCCUAUAAAGGAAGUAUUUCGAACGCUUGACUACGUCAACGAACUUUAUCAAUCUGAUGAUAAACAUGAUUUAACAGCUCCAGUCAUGUUAAAUUAUCAGAGGGUAAAAGAUUUAAUACCAAAGAAUCCCGAUGAAUUAAGCCCAAAUCAGUUAAUUUCAAAACGUCAACAAAGAAUAUACGACAUUUACAAAGAUAAGGUAUUGGGUGGGCGAAUUGAAGAAUUGAAACAUCAAAUUACGGAUACCAUUGGAUUGAUACGAAUAGUGGAAUGCAAAACUACUUUAGCUACUUCUUCAGGAGGUAAUUUCUUCAAACUUCCAGGAAGAAUAGGAUGUGCUGGGAUAAUUGGGGCAGCAAUCGACUUUAAGCGUAUUGAAGGUUAUGAGAUAAGUUGUAUGUGUUCUGGAAAUGGCGAGCAAAUCAUUCGUUCUAAAUUGUCAUGGGAAAUAGUUAAUAACAUACUGAAAGUCCCAGAGGAGGAGUAUGCAUCGUAUUUCAAACAAUUAGUAGGCUCAAUUUACUGCGGAUUUAUCGUGGUUAUCAAGUCAAAGUCCACAAGUCAUCUCUUGUAUGGACAUACCACUGAAUCAUUUCACUUUGGAUUUAGAGUUGGGGAGAAUACAAGAGUUAUUCUUAGCCAUUCGGAAAAGGAAGGUUUCACUUUUGGUGAGUACAAGCUUUUAUAG